GUGAACUCAAGCUCACAUUUCAGUAGCGGGGACCCGAAGGAGCACCGUCGGAAACAGGCUCCGCACGAAUCAAAAUCGGACGAGCCAAACCAAAAGCCAACAAAACCCUCCCUCCCUCCAUUCCUUCCCCUCCCUGGCUCCCGCCGCCACACGACCACGGGCACGUCCAUGGCGCGCAUCGUGUCACGCGCGCUCCCGUUCGCCUCGCGCUCGUCCCUCCCACUGCUGCCGCCCCUCCGCGGUGCGGCGCUUCUCCGUUCCGCCCCCGCGCCGCCCCUUCCCCCGGCGGCCACGGCGGCACCCACGGCCUCGCUGCUCCCCUGGCGCGGGCUCGCGGCCACCCCCGAGCACUCGCUCUCGUCGCCGCCGCCGUUCGCGGGGUUUCUCGCGGGCAUCCGCGGGUUCCGCAGGGGACGGCGCGGACAGGCGGCGGCGAAACGGGCGCCGCCGCAGGCCGCCGCGCCCCCGCCCCCGCCCAAGGAGAGCGAGAUCGAGCUCUACGCCCGCAUCGGCGUCGAGGAAGACAUGCCCGACGACCCAGAAGUGAUGAACAUUAUAGAAAUCCUAAAGUUAAAUGUUCCAAUGGUGAUGAAAAUUGCACUUGACGGACUUCUGGAUUCCAACUACAACACAAGAGAUACCUCAAUAAGUGAUGUUGGCAAAUAUGAAAAGGUUGAGGUUUCUGUAUUGCUAUGCAAUGAUAACUUCAUCCAGCAUCUUAACAAAGAAUGGAGAGGCGAGGACUGCACUACCGAUAUGCUCUCGAUGUCACAUUACAUUCCAGAUCUUGAUGUUCCUAUUCUAAUGUUAGGUGAUAUAGUAAUAUCAGUCGAGACAGCUGCAAGGCAAGCUGAGGAGAGAGGUCUUACACUUCUUGAUGAAGUGCGGGUACAAGUGGUUCGUGGCCUAUUACACCUUCUCGGUUUUCAUCAUGAGGCAAGUGAUGGGGCUGCCGUGGAAAUGGAGAAGGAAGAGCAGCUUAUUUUAAAAAGUCUAAGGUGGAAAGGAAAAGGUCUUGCUAAGAGUGCUCAGGAUUCGAGCAAGAUUCACACAGAUUCAUUGGAUGGGCAAGCAACAAAUAGUCUAAAGAAAGCUUGCAGCCUAAGAUUUUACAGACCAAAAUUCAAAUAUAUCUUUUGUGAUAUGGAUGGUACACUGCUCAAUAGUAAAAGUCAAGUAACAGCAAGGAAUGCAGAAGCUCUAAGGGAAGCGAGAUCGAGAGGAGUAAACAUAGUUAUCGCCACAGGAAAGGCUCGUCCCGCUGUAAUUGAUGCUCUCAGUACGUCUUAUUUAUCUGGAAGAACUGGCAUCGUUUCAGAAUCUUUGCCUGGUGUAUUCCUUCAGGGGUUGUUGGUUUAUGGUAUGGAAGGGAGAGAAAUUUAUAAAAGAAAUUUGGAUCAAGAAGUAUGUAGAGAGGCACUCUUAUAUUCUUUGGAGCACAAGAUACCAUUAGUGGCAUUUAGCCAGGAUCAUUGCUAUUCUAUGUUCGAUCACCCUUUGGUUGAUUCUCUCCACUAUAUAUACCAUGAACCUAAGGCUAAAAUAGUGUCAUCUGUUGAUCAGCUUCUAGGAACAGCUCAGAUACAGAAAGUACUGUUCCUUGAAACUCCUGAGAGAAUUUCAUCUGCAUUGCGACCGUACUGGGCAAAGGCGAUAGAGGGAAGAGCCCAUGUUGUUCAGGCACAGCCUGAUAUGCUUGAACUUGUACCACCUGCAACUUCGAAGGGCAAUGGGGUGAAGAUUCUGUUGGACCACCUUUGCAUUAGUCCUGAUGAGGUAAUGGCAAUUGGAGAUGGAGAAAAUGACAUAGAAAUGCUGCAACUAGCUUCGUUAGGUGUUGCUCUUGCAAAUGGAUCUGAGAAGACUAAAGCAGUGGCAAAUGUAAUCGGCGCCACUAAUGAUGAAGAUGGAGUUGCACAGGCUAUUUAUGAAUAUGCCUUCUAACAGCCACUAAGUCGCUUGGGAUAGGAUUAAUUUCUGCUCUUUCCAUUCCCCCAUUUUUCCUAGAUUCACCAAAGAACAAGUUCCAAUUACACAUCUAUUCACAAAAUUAUAUGGGAGUGUAAUCUCACUUUGGGGUUAGAAUUUUUGAAUUGUUAGAUGUGAGACAUUUUUACUUGGCAGACAUUGAAGUUCAGCUCUGCUUUUUCUUGAUUGCAAUAUAUAAUCGAAUUAUUAUUUAUCUCAA